CUCUCCCCUUCUACUCGCAGGCAAAAAACCUGAAAAUCUUUUCUUAAUUUAAACCCGCAACAACAAUCCUUUGUUUCUUUCCUUUUUCUGUUCUCUAAAAUUUCUCAAACUUUUUUCAAUUUGUUGGUUAUGGAAACAAGCAGUGAAAUAUCAACCGCGCUUCAAUAUAUCCAACACUAUUUACUUGAUGAACUUUCUCCUGUGGGAUUGGGAAAUUUUUCCAAUGAAAAUCGAUGGAUAAAUGAGGUAAAAGCGGAAGUUUCUACCUCUCAACCUGAAUCUCUUUACUCACAAACUUCGAGCUCUGGUUCCUCUCUCACAGAGGCUAACUUUAAUUGCCUUGAAAAUGAUGAUUUCUUCAAAUUUUCUCCCAAUUUCCGUGGAUUCCAGCCAAACGGAAGUGAUGUUUUCGAAUACGAGUCGAAACCUCAAAUUAUAGAUCUCAUAACACCUAAGUCCUUCCCAUCCAAUGCCAGUUCCUUAGAAUUUGAAACCAAACCUAAAAUCACUGAACUUUCAACGGCAAAGCCUCAAGUUUCCUCGGGUUGUAACUCUAAGAUUCGAAAGCCGUCGCUAAAAAUCUCGUUACCCCAUAAGGUGGAGUGGAUUCAAUUUGACAAACCGGAUUUAACUCGGCCCAAACCGAAGAAAUCAAAUUCUGAAGACAAUAGGCACUAUAGAGGAGUCCGACAAAGGCCGUGGGGGAAAUUCGCGGCGGAGAUCCGAGAUCCGACGCGAAGAGGUUCUAGGAUAUGGUUAGGGACCUUUGACACAGCCAUCGAAGCCGCUAAGGCUUACGACCGAGCCGCUUUUAAGCUACGUGGCUCAAAAGCCAUCCUUAAUUUCCCUCUCGAAGCCGGGAAGCUGGAGUCAGGUGCCAGUGACGGAGAGAGGAAACGGAGCAGAGAUAACAGCGAAGGAGAAGAAAAACGGGCAAAGGUGGUGAAGAGAGAAAGCGAAAACGUGACGAAAGCGAGAGACAACGGUGAUGCGCCUUUGACGCCGUCAAAUUGGACAGCGUUUUGGGAUUUGGACAAUGAAAUUAAGGAGAUUUUUAACGUGCCACUAUUAUCGCCGUUAGGGUUUUCUCAUGUUAUGGUUGUAUGAUGAUGCUAGUGUUUGAAAUGGAGAGCAGUGACGUGGAUAUUUUAUGAAAGACGUGGAAUUCUUUUUGGGUUGUAUAUUUUGGUUGUAUACUUGGAUUUACUUUCUAUUACGUCAAUAAAUUAUUUUUAUUAUAUUUGUUAAAAA